AUGAUUCGCCGACAAGCACGAGAGCGACGGGAUUACCUGUACCGUAAAGCGCUUUUGCUUCGGGAUGCAUCAAUUGCUGAAAAGCGCGCUCAGCUGAAGGCUUCUCUGGCCUCCGGAAAACCUCUAGAUCCCUCCAUAGCCAACGAUUCCCGCCUUCGCGAAGAUUUCAAAUACGACGAGUCGCUGCCGUCGGCCUCCAAGGACCAGGGCAAAGAUGACGAAUUCAUGGAUGUUGACGAUGAAUAUGCCCUUACAUCUGGUCUGGUAGACCCUCGCCCACUGGUCACCACUUCUCGGUCUCCAUCAGCGCGUCUUAGCACCUUUGCGAAAGAAAUACGUUUGCUCCUCCCGACGUCUAUCCGUUUAAACAGAGGAAAUUUGAUUCUACCAGACCUAGUAUCUAGCGCAAAUGCUGCUGCGCUCACGGAUAUGGUUCUAUUACACGAACACCGUGGCACGCCUACCGCUAUCACAGUAUCGCAUCUGCCUCAUGGUCCAACUGCCAGUUUCUCGCUGCAUAAUGUCAUGCUGCGAGCAGAUAUCCCCGAUUCUUCCAGAGGAACCGUUUCUGAAAGCUACCCGCAUAUUAUCUUUGAGGGGUUCACGACAAAACUGGGGAAGCGUGUUGUUCAGAUUCUCAAACAUCUCUUUCCUCCACGAGACGGCGGUGGAAAGCUUGGAAACAGAGUUGUUACGUUUCAAAAUAGAGAGGAUGCGAUUGAGGUCCGACAUCACGUUUUUGUCAGGACCGGGUAUCAGGAUGUCGAACUUGCUGAAGUUGGACCUCGUAUGACCAUGCGACUGUUUGAGAUUCGAGGCGGUACUUUAGAGAAGAAUGCAGGUGGUGAUGUGGAGUGGGCUCUUACUCAAUACACAAGGACGAGCCGGAAGAAGGAUUAUCUAUAA